AUGUCGGGCUCCUUCAAGGAUCGGAACAUGGACCUCAUCUCCCGAGGCUCCUACAAGUCCACUCCGGGCGGCACCGCCAUCUUCAUCGGCCUCCGCGCACUCGACCCUCUGCUCCAAUACGCCAUCCUCGCCCACGGCCUCGGCUCCAACCUCCUCGACGCCGUCGGCCUCGGCGCCCGCCCGCCCCCAAUCCUGUCGCUGCGCACCGGCGUCCAUCUCAUCGAUGUGCUCGACCUCAGCGCCCCGCGCCUGGCCCUGCUCUCCAUGGCCGUCGGCUCCUCGCUCAAGCAGAUCCACUGGCUGACCUUCCUCUCGCGCGAAGAAUUCCCCGCAAAAGCCGCCCUCACCGUCGGCAUCUUUAACACCGUCGUCAACAGCAUCAACACCCUCGCCUUCUGCUCCUCCCUCCUCUCCACCGCCAACCCGCCCCACGACAUCAGUGAGAGCAGCCUCGCCCCCGCCGCCGCCGCCGGCUGCGUCCUCUACGUCGUCGGCAUCGCCGUCGAGUGGAUCUCCGAGAUGCAGCGCGCGCGCUUCAAGGCCGACCCGGCCAACGAGGGCAAGCCCUACACCGGCGGCCUGUGGGCGCUAGCCCGCCACAUCAACUACGGCGGCUACUCUCUCUGGCGCGCCGGCUUCGCCAUGGCUGGCGGAGGCUGGGUCAUGGGCACCAUUUUCGGCGCCUUCUACCUGUGGGAUUUUUCGACCAGGGCGAUCCCGGUGCUGGACAAUUACUGUUCGGGACGGUAUGGCGAGGACUGGAAGAAGUUCAAGAAACAGACACCGUCUCGGCUGUUGCCGUUCAUAUUCUAA